AUGUUUGAACUAAAAUGCACCAUCAGUCUGGUUUUGUGUGUUAAAGACUUGAAGAACCCAGAAAGUGUUUGUUCUGACAGCAUCACACUGACAUCUAGUGGAAGUCAGCCUCUUUAUACCCUCUACACCGCGGACUUCGCACAUAACACACCAUCAUGCCAUCUGCAAAAGUACUCUGAUGACUCUGCUGUUGUUGGCCUCAUUACAGAUGGAGACGACAGGGAGUACAGAGGACUUAUUCAGGACUUUGUGGACUGGAGCCUGCGGAAUAACCUCCAGAUCAAUACCAGCAAAACCAAGGAGCUGGUGGUGGAUUUCCGCAGGCAUAACAACUCUCCACCUGUACCAGUGAACAUCCAGGGAAUGGACAUCGACCUGGUGAGGUCCUACAAGUACCUGGGUGUUCACCUGAAUGACCGUCUGGACUGGUCGGACAACACCAACGCCCUGGUCAAGAAGGGCAACAGCAGACUGUUCCUGCUCAAGAGGCUGAGGUCCUUCGGAGUGCAGCGUCCACUCCUCAGGACCUUUUAUGACUCUGUGGUGGCCUCAGCCAUCUUCUAUGGGAUAGUCUGCUGGACCAGCAGCAUAAUGGACAGAGACAGGAGGAAAAUGGACAGACUGGUGAGGAGGGCCAGUUCUGUCCUGGGAUGCCCCCUGGACUCAGUAGAGGUAGUGGGAAAUGAGAGGAUGACUGCUAAGCUGUCAUCCAUGUUGAACAGCCCAUCCCACCCCCUCCAGCACACCCUGACAGCUCUGAGCAGUUCCUUCAGUGAGCGGCUGCUUCAUCCUCGCUGCGUGAAGGAGAGGUACCGCAGAUCUUUCCUGCCUGCUGCUGUCAGGCUUCACAACAAACUUAAUGCCCGCUAGACUGAAGAAUAUAACGAACUAUACGGACUUGUUCACCGGACUUGUGUAAU